GCAGCUCCGCGGGGAAUCGCAGUGCCGCGGCCGGGCCUCGCGAGCGGAGUAGUCGCCAAUCGACCUUACGUGACCCGGUGACCCCGGCUACCUAGGUCGCCCCGGCCACCAUGCCGCGCUCCUUCCUGGUUAGGAAGGCGUCCGACCCCCGCCGGAAGCCCAACUAUAGCGAGUUGCAGGACGCGUGUGUAGAGUUCAUCUUCCAGCAGCCCUACGACCAGGCCCACCUGCUGGCCGCCAUCCCUCCGCCCGAGGUCCUCAACCCUGCAGCCUCGCUGCCCACCCUCAUCUGGGACUCGCUCCUGGUGCCCCAAGUGCAACCGGUUGCUUGGGCCACCCUCCCGCCGCGGGAGAGCCCCAGGGCGGCAGAGCUGACCUCGCUGUCCGAUGAAGACAGCGGCAAAAGCUCCCAGCCACCCAGCCCGCCCUCCCCGGCGCCGUCGUCCUUCUCUUCCACUUCGGCCUCAUCCCUGGAUUCCGAGGCCUUCGUCUCCUUCCCCGGCUUGGGUCAACUGCCCAAGCAGCUAGCCAGGCUCUCGGUAGCCAAGGACCCCCAGUCCCGGAAGGCCUUCAACUGCAAAUACUGCAACAAGGAGUACCUCAGCCUGGGCGCCCUGAAGAUGCACAUCCGAAGCCACACGCUGCCCUGCGUCUGCGCGACCUGCGGAAAGGCCUUCUCCAGGCCGUGGCUGCUGCAGGGCCACGUCCGCACUCACACUGGUGAGAAACCAUUCUCCUGCUCCCAUUGCAACCGUGCCUUCGCUGACCGCUCUAACCUGCGUGCCCACCUUCAGACACACUCAGAUGUGAAGAAAUACCAGUGCCAGGCAUGUGCCCGCACUUUCUCCAGGAUGUCCUUGCUUCAUAAACACCAGGAGUCUGGCUGCUCUGGAGGCCCACGCUGACCCCACUGUCUCAACAUCCUUUCUCUGCAUCUCCCUGGUUCCCUGGAGCUGGUCCUCACCACAGGACUCCAUCCAGCCUUGGUCCAGGAACCUGUGGAGGCCACGUCUGGCCCUGGUUCCUGCUUAGCUCUCUCGGUGGCCUUUCCACAGAUGACGGAUGGAGGGCCAGGUGCCUGGGUUCCCUCCCUGAGCCACCCCUCAGUAUUCAUGAGGUAUAGCCUCUGGACACAGCUACUUCGAGCCAUAGGACUAAAGCCAACCCACUGGCUGGGAAGCUUGAACCCCACUCAGGGGACCCCUACUUCCCCACCUCCCCCAAGGACCCUUCAGGACAACUUCCUCAAGGUACAACAGACUAUGCAAUAGUCUCCCUCCACCCGCGGCUACAUUCAGGCCUCAGCGGGUGAUUGCUGGACACAUGUCCAGGUGCCCCUGGGCCGGGGCAGCUGUUUCAGCCCUGCCCCCAUUUGUCCUGGUGACACCUGUUUCACAGUUUAACUGUCUGAGAAGGGGACCAUGAGUAAUGGCCGUCACUUGUUAGGGCCAAGUGGGGUGCUUCGGCCUGGCCAACGUGUCUCCCAGAACUAUUUUCGGGCCAACAGGUGGCCCUGGGAGGAAGAUGUUUACAUUUUAAAGGUAUUUAUAUUGUAAGCAGCGUUUUGUAUAGUUAAUAUGUACAGUUUAUUGAUACUCAAUAAAGUGGUUAAUUUAUAUACUA